CCUGUCUAUUUAUUCAAUUUAUUUUACUGUUAUAUAUACAUUUAUAAAUAAAUAAAUAUAUAUAAAUAUAUACAUAUAACUUUUUAAGUAAAAUAAAGAAUGACAGACAAUAAUGAUGUUGAUGCACUCUUUGAAGAUGACCCAGGAUCUUUGGAAGAAGUUAUUGAUGAAGAUGAUGCUGAAGAUCUCAAGUUAGAUGACGCAAGCACAAGAGUCUGGCUUGUGAAAGUUCCCAAAUUUCUUGCAGAAAAAUGGAGAGCCAUUGAUGAAGAUAAUGUUAAUCUAGGAAGCAUUCGUAUUUAUAACAAACCACCACCAGGGAAAACAGCAAAUAUUGCACUUGUAUUACCAGAAGAUGAUACAACACCCAAUCUACCAAAAGAAUACAGUAUUCAUGUUACUCCUGGACAAGUUACCAAUAAGUUUGUGUUUACAGAAGAUCAGAAUGGAGGCAAGUCUAUUUCAGGUACUGUUCAUCACGAAUGUACGGCUACACCUGCUCAAUUUGGAACCUAUCGUAAUAUUAUGAGAAAACGUGUAAGAGAAGCAGAGGCGCCACAAAGAUCAGUGCAAGUCCUGGGACAAAAUAAUCAACCUGUAUUUGUACCGGGCGCAAGUAGUAGUCUACCUAAUAGUGAUUUCUCAGAUUUCAUUACAACUAAAAAGCCCAAAGUCGACAAAGAAAAGGCUACACGUUUACCAAGAAACGAACUUAUGGAUUUAUUAUUUGCUGCAUUUGACAAGUUCCCUUAUUGGUCAUUCAAGGGUAUUGUUGAACAUACGAAACAACCGAAUCAAUAUUUGAAAGAAGUUUUAAAUGAGAUUUGUAUUUUAAACAAAAGAGGACCCUAUGCCGGUAAUUACCAACUUAAACCUGAAUUUAAGCAAAGAAUGUCAUUAGCAGAGAGACAAAAUGCUAUGAAUAAUAUAGAUAUUGAUGAAAGUGAUGAAGAUGAAGAAGAUGAAGAGAUUAUGGAGGAAGUUAAAUUGUAAAAAAGAAAAGAAAGCAUGGAUAUUUAUGUAAAAAUAAAAUUAAAGCCUAUAAUGGUUUGAACUAUUGAAUAAGCAUUCUUAAUUUUUUAGUGUAGAUAAAUAUAUAUAGUGUGUGUAUGUGUGUGCUUAAAAAGU